AUCAAAUUGAUGAGAGAGAAAGGAGAAAGUAAAAACACAGAAUUUCAUGCGUAUUUAUACGUAUGAACGGAUUUUGCACGUUAAGGGACGCAUGCAAAAAGAAUUUCAUCCUUUGAAUAUUUGGUAAUUUCCCAAUCAUUUUCAAAAACCCUUUUUGAAUUUUACAAAAAGCUUCAAUUUACGAACAAAAUUGUUUGUUUGUUUGUUUUUUUUUUUAAUCUCCAAAAAGGUUUUGAUUUUGGCAUUUCAAUCUGUUUAAAGGGACUCUUGAUUCCCAGAUUUUGGCAAAUGUUUGAUUUCAAUAAAUAGGGCUAAAUGCAAUCCCUUCUAACAGGAUUUAUGGGGUUGAAUUAUUUAUGCAAGUUCCAAGACUCAAUGUAAUGCAUGCAAAUUAUGGAAGGUUUAGGUUUUCAUUAUUGUUUUCUGUUAUGAGUGGUUUUGAGCUGGUCAAGAGCUUGGGCGUUUUACAUGUCCUUUGAGUCGCAUUUUGCAUUGAGGGUUCUCUGUGUUUGAUGAUUUAGGGGAAAGUUCACAAAUUUGGGAUUUGGUUUCCUGAAUUAAACAAUGGGAUAGAUAAAGAAAUUGGGAUAUUGAAGGUGGAGUUAGAGUGUAGUCUCUUGAAGUAAUCAGUUAUUGUGGGUGUAGUUAGUAUAUGGGGCAGAGAAGUAGGGGGAGAGCCUUGUCCUAUUGUUGUUCAAAUGGGUUUUGUGUCAAUAUUGUCACUUGAAUGGCUGGUCUUCAAAGGCCUAGUAUUGCCGACAGGGAUAUCGACCAGGCCAUUACAACAUUGAAAAAAGGGGCAUUCCUGUUGAAGUAUGGGCGCAGAGGAAAACCAAAGUUCUGUCCAUUUCGACUUUCUAUUGAUGAGUCCGCAUUGCUAUGGUAUUAUGGCAAAGAAGAGAAGCAGCUAGAACUGAAUCGUGUUUCAAGGAUAAUUCCUGGGCAGCGAACUGCAAUAUUCCAACGGUAUCCUCGGCCCGAGAAGGAAUACCAGUCAUUUUCUCUCAUAUAUAAUGAUAGAUCAUUGGAUGUGAUAUGCAAGGACAAGGAUGAAGCUGAGGUUUGGCUUACUGGUCUGAAAGCACUAAUCUCAAAUGGAAGCUACCAAAAGGAUCAAGAGGACACCCAACGAAGCAAGUCUCUUACUCAAGGCGGAUUGGGAAAAGCAUUUGCUGAUAUUGUUUCCUACACUGCAUCUUCCAAAACUCAUACAUUUGCUGACACUAAUUCCUAUUCUGUUAGCCCGCUGCCAACCGAUGUUGGAAGCCCAAAUGCCCGAAAUUCUGUAGCUGCUGAAGUAUCUAGAGUAAGUUUAUCUAGUGCUUUAAGUUCAUCAAGCCAUGGUUCUUGUCGUGAAGACUUUGUAAGCCUAGGUGAUGUCUUCAUUUGGGGUGAAGGCACUGGAGCUGGAGUGCUGGGUGGUGCCUUGAGCGGAGCCAGUUCAUUAUCUAGCAUGAAAAUCGAUGCUCAUUCCCCAAGGGCACUCGAGUCAACCGUAGUACUUGAUGUUCAUAGUAUUGCUUGUGGUUAUAGGCAUGCAGUAUUGCUCACAAAACGAGGCGAGGUAUUCAGUUGGGGUGAGGAAGCUGGUGGGAGGUUGGGGCAUGGGAUUGAGGCCGAUAUUCCCCAACCCAUGCUUAUUGACACUCUUAGUGGCAUGAAUGUCGAGAUGGUAGCAUGUGGUGAACAUCAUACUUGUGCGGUUACCAUCUCCGGAGAUUUAUAUACUUUUGGUGAUGGUAUUUAUAACUGUGGUCUGCUUGGACACAAAAGUGCGGUCAGUCAUUGGAUCCCUAAGAAACUAAGCGGUCCCAUUGAAUGCUUCCAAGUGCGUUUUGUCUCUUGUGGGGUUUGGCAUACGGCCCUUAUAACAUCUUCAGGCUUGUUGUUUACAUUCGGAGAUGGAAGCUUUGGUGCCUUAGGCCAUGGAAACCGAUGUGGAACUAGUAUUCCACGAGAAGUGGAGGCUUUGAGUGGAUUACAAACACUGAGGGUUUCUUGUGGUAUUUGGCACACGGCUGCAGUUGUCAAAAUAAUGAGUACACCCGUCGAUUCUGGACCGUCUGAUUGUUCUGAAUCUGGAAAGCUAUUCACCUGGGGCGAUGGAGAGAAAGGCAGGCUAGGACAUGGCGAUAAAGAAGCCAGACUAGCUCCAGAGUGUAUAGCUGCUUUGGGUGAAAAAACUUUCACCCAGGUGGCCUGUGGGCAUAGCACCACAACCGCUCUAAGCACCUUUGGGCGUGUAUAUACAAUGGGUAGUGGCAAGAAUGGACAAUUGGGAAGUCCCCUAGCCGACGGGACAUCUCCAAUUUGUGUCGAAGGUAAAAUUGCCAAGAGCAUUGUACGGGAAAUUUCUUGUGGUUUACAUCAUACUGCUGUUUUGACUUCGAAAUCAGAAGUCUAUACCUGGGGAAAGGGUAACUACGGGCAACUUGGUCAUGGCGAUACUUGUGAUCAGUGUACCCCCACCCUUGUAGAAUUCUUUAAAGAUAAGCAGGUGAAGAGCAUUGUAUGCGGGUCAAAUCUAACUGCUGCAAUCUGUCUUCAUAAAGGGGUAUCUAGCGUCGAUAAUUCAAUGUGUUCGGUCUGUCACAAUCCUUUUAAUUUCAUACGAAAACGUCAUAAUUGCUACAAUUGCGGCCUGGUUGUUUGCUCAACUUGUAGUAGCAGAAAAUCUCUUAAAGCUUCUUUAGCCCCGAGUAUGAAUAAGCCAUAUCGUGUCUGUGAUGAUUGUUUUAACAAGUUACAGAAGCCCAUGACACCUGGAUCUGUUACUGAUAUCGCAAAACUUGAAAGUGUAGCUUCACAAACUAAGUUUAGCAAGUUGCUGGAUAAUACUGGACUUCAUCGACAGCAUCUCUGGACUGACAAACUUUCUUCUAUUAAUUCCUUCAACCUAACUGAAGGAAGAAGUCCCAACCGAGAUGUAAAAGUUGAAAAACAUGAAGGCAAUAUCUUUACUUUCCUUAGUGAAAAUGCUCAAAGAGGAUAUAAUUCCCUGCUUCAGUCCCCAGCUAGUCCACAUGUCUCUUCAAAGAGUUCUCUCUCGGUUCCCAAUCUUCCCAUUCUUGGUUCCCUUCAGGCAACAUAUCCUAUUGUAAGAAAGACAAGUCUCUUGCGACCUGGAAUGCCAUCUUUAUCUUUUUUUACUCAAACAAAUGAAGAAGUUCAUGAUCCGUCAAAGCAAAAUGAAGCAACAUUGAGUCAGGAGAUCAAAUGUUUAAGGGCAAAGGUGGAAGAGCUUGCAAGCAAAUCUCAGCUUCUUGAAGCAGAACUCGAGAAAAAAACAAUGCAAGUAAAAGAGGCUAAGGCUAAAGCAGCUGAAGAGUCCGAGAAAAGCCAAGCUGCAAAAGAAGUCAUUAAAUCUCUCUAUGCACAGCUGAAAAUAAGGUCUGAAAUGGGGCCAGAUGGCCAUAUUGCCCCUAGCAUAUUUGACUCUAAUGCUCAACAGUCUUCAAAUGAUCCUAGUCAACCUUCUCGUGAAAGCACUGUGACUAAUAGCACAACCUCGCCCACAAGUGACUCCAGUGACAGUACAAAUGCCCCGCCCUCAUCUAAUCGAGUGAAGGUUCAACAGAACUCGGAGAGAGUGAUACAACCUGAACCAGGCGUAUACAUUACGAUUUUUUCAUUGCCUGGAGGUGGCAAUCAACUAAAGAGACUUCGUUUCAGUAGGAAAAUUUUCUCUGGAGAGCAGGCUGAAAAAUGGUGGGCGGAAAAUGGACAGAAGGUUUUAGAAAGACACAACAUCAAGGUCACUCAUAGUUAAUGGAAUCUAACAAAAAGUACUAGCAAUAUCUUCACUCUGUAUUGUGUGAAUUUUCCUCUUUUUUUUUUCCAUAAAUUUUUUUUUACAGUUCUGAGAAAAAACAGAAAGAAUGAUGAAGAAAAUCUAGAUGUACAUCAUAUAUUUUGUCUGCAGAAGCACUUUUUCCAUGUUUUUGUUAAAACUUUUUUUGUUGGUUUGUUA